AUGCUCUCAGCCACUAUAGGCCGAGUGCCUAAAUUCGCCCUCUUCGUAGCGCUGGCGCUCACCUUCAUCAUUGUCAUUCACAUCUCCAGCUUUCCAUCAUUGUCGAAAUGGAAAUUGCCUGUUUUGGGCGGCCAGCAACCACAAAUCACCACCGCCACUGAGGACGCGAGCCAAGAGUCGCCGCAGAAAGCUUCACAGGAACCUUCGCCGGACCUUUCGGCCAUUCCUUGUCAGUCACUCAAAGGCGGAGAAGAUGUUCUGGUUGUUAUGCGGACGGGUGCUACUGAGAUCAAAGAUAAAUUGCCCGCUCACUUGAAUACGACUUUCCAAUGCUAUCCGCAUCUCGUCAUCUUCUCCGACUUCGCCGAGGACUUUCAUGGUCGUGAAGUUCACGAUGUGCUGAGAGACAUCCCGGAUGAGAUCAAGUCGAAAAAUGACGACUUCAAACACUAUCUUCACGUCCAGGAAGCUGGCAGGCAGAACCUCAACGACGACGAGCUUUCUGGAAAGAUCAGCGCCGAGAGCGGUCCUGUUGGUAAGAGCGACAAUGCCGGGUGGAGACUCGACAAAUGGAAGUUCUUGCCAAUGAUCAAUCGCACUCUGGAGAUGUACCCGGAUAAGAAAUGGUAUGUGUUCGUCGAGCCCGACACGUAUCUGGUCUGGUCGAAUUUGCUGCAGUGGCUCCCCAAGCUCAAGCCGGACAAGCCUCUCUAUUACGGCAGCGAAGUCAUGAUUGGCGACGAUGUCUUUGCACAUGGAGGGUCGGCGUUCGUUAUGUCGAAGCCAGCGAUGGAGAAGGGUGCUGAGAUCUACAAUGAAAAGGUCAACGAGCUGCACGACUUCACAGCUGGUCAUUGGGCUGGUGACUGUGUGCUGGGGAAGGCAUUGCAUGAUGCUGGAGUGGAUUUGACCUGGAGCUGGCCACAAUUCCAAGGUGGAAACCCAUCUUUCUCCAUGGGCUGGACGGAUCAUAAGACCGAUCACGUCCUCUGGUGUACGCCCGCCAUAUCUUACCACCACUUGACUCCGUACGAAGUUCGAGACUUCUGGCAGUUCGAGCAGACCUGGAUUCGAUCGGUACUUGCGAAGCAAAAGCACAACCGAGAACGAGGCCUGCCUUUCCGCUUUUGGGGCGACGACAUGACCAACGUGCUUCACCACCGCGAUACGUUCAAGCUCUACGUCAUGCCCAACAUCACCCAAGAGCGAAACCACUGGAAUAACACGCCCGAAGUUCCGGCUCCAGAUACCCAAGGUAUCACUCUGGAGGACUGCAGAGAGCGAUGUGAAGAGAACGAUGAUUGUCUGCAGUAUGCGCUUGGUCCUGAUGGUUGCUCGACUGGCAGAGAACCUCGGAUGGGCCAGGAAGAUGAGACGACUACCGCUGGAUGGAUGCCAGAGAGAAUCGAGGAAUGGGUGAAGGAUCUGGACCACUGUUGGAAUAAGGACGGAUGGGCUGUGACGUGA